GUUUAGCAAAUUUAUUGUUUGGCGUAUUUUCGAUUAUUUUUUGUACAAAAUAUAAACUUAAUAUGCUAUAUUCCUUUGACAACUCACUGCCAUUCAAAAAAUGAUUCUUAAUUCCAUGCAAUCACUAUUAACCGCAGAAGAUCAUAACUAAAUAUUUGUUUUUUCGAAAACAAAACAACAUCCCAACUUUUUUUUUCCUAUUUUUAUGUAAUCAUCAUAUCAAAAAGGUUAUGAUCUUUUUUAGGGUUCUAAAUGGACCAUUCAUUACUUAUUCAUGACAUUUUAUUUAGCGUUAACCCAACAACAUAUAAACCCUAUCUUGGCCUAUAUAUUGAUUUCAUACAGAUUCAUCUUUUUUAAUAAGAGUUCCUAUAUUGCGUUUUAAUAGUUUAUAUAUAUAUAUAUAUUUAUUUAUUCUCCAUUUAUAUUAUUCACAUAAAUAUGUUUUAUAUCUUUUUCACGUUUUGAUGAUUUUCUUGUAUAAAAAGUAAUUAAAAAUAUAACAUUUGCAAAUUAUUUUUUCCAAACAAUAAUAAAUUUACUGUAAGAAAAAUGUCUUGUGUGGUUAUUGAUACAAAGAUAUGAAUUUAGAAGAUUUGUAAACACACAUAAUAUGUGUUCAAAACAAAAAAAAUAUAUGGAUGAUCCAAUUACAAUAAAAAUGUUAUAUAUCCACAUGUUAUAUAAAACACAAAGUAAUAUGGUAAAAUUUAUGUAUCUAUAUUAUCAUAUAUUGAUAUAAACUAUAAUUCUUUUGAAAAAUACAUCCGUGCGGGCGUGCGGAUCAAAAGCUAGUUCUUCUUAAAAUUAGUUAACGACAAAAUUACCUAGUCAAAAACACUCCCUAGUUCCAUUGCCAAUAUUGUGCAAUUUCUUUGGACACCGUUUAUUUACAUCUCCCAUAAGUAAAUCACCUUUUUUUUAAACAUACUAUAUUACUAUCUUUACUCUUUACACAAGAAGGAAAGAAAGCUAACCUUUGUUAAAGAAACAUGUCGAAGACACCACCAGAGAAACAAGAGUUACCACUAGAAACAAGUCCGUACACGAAGUACGAAGAUAUAGAAGAUUACAAGAAGAACGCUUAUGGAACUUCCGGUCACCAGGAGGUUAAGUCUGGCCAAGGCGGCGGCUCAACCGACGCACCGACCCUCUCCGGUAGUGCUCCUCCCUCUGCUAUAGAUUCAGCUAACCAACAAGCUAAGAAGUGAAUCAUUCAUUAUCACAAAACAAACAUGUUCUCUUGCCUUUUCUAUAUGAUGCUUUUGCGAUAAUUUGAUUUGUUUAAAAAAAAAAAGAUAAUUGAUUUGUUUUUUUCUCCUUACCUGUUGUUAUGAUCCAUUCUACUCAAUUGAGUGAUGCUUAAUUUGACCAUCUUCCCACAGAUUAUAUGCCAAACGUAUAAUUUUUUUAAUAAAGAACUAAUACUUAAAACUUGAUCCGCACCCUCACGCGGACGUUUAAUUUAACUUGUGUUCAACAUUAAAUCAUAAACCACUGAUUUUAUAAAAAAAAAUCUAUGAAUAUUUUUAUGCUUUGUAAUAUGGUGAUUUAGUUAAUCCUAUGAAAAUGUUAUCUCUUUUUAACACAGGCGAUUUAGUUAAUAUUUAUACAAUAUUAAUAAUGGUUAGUAUAUGAAUAUUGAUUUGGUUAGAUAAGCUUUGGAAUUUUAAUUAAUUAAUUUAAAUUGAUUUUAAAUGCGGUGGCAGAAUCUGCAAAUACAAAAAAUACAAAAAAGAAAUAGUUAAUUUAUUAUAAAUGAAAUGGCUAAAUGUAUAAAUAAAAAGAAAUAUUAAAAAUAUUGUUAUCUAUAUUUCUAAACAAUUCUCAUUUAAACGGUUAUCUAUUUUUCCAAAUAGUACUAAAAAGUACUUCAGGUUUAAUAAUAUAGAUAAGAUGUGUUCCAAGUCCUAACGCUGAAUAUUUUGAUAAAAGUUUCAUUUUUUUUAGCACACAACUCGUAAUGACCGACUGAUUCCUAGCAAAUUAUAGUGUAUAAAUUAAGUUAAAGUCAAUUCCAUAACCACCAGCAAUUUGAAAAGCAUGCCAUUAGUUGUAGCAACAAGAAUCUUCAUAAACUUGAUGAAUUUUGAACAAAUAUACAUUAUAAAGAUAAUAAAAUAUGAAAAACACUUAAAACAGUGUCUCAAAAAAUUUAUCAUAAAAUAGCAUAUAAAGAGAAAAAUAACCAAAAUAACUUUUAUUAAAAACUAGUGCUGAAAGUGACUUAACAACAUUUUAGUUAAGCUACCGAAUAUAACAACCAAAAUCUUCAUAAGGAUAUAUAACAAUGUAAGAACCUUAUUUCACUACAAUGGAGACAACUGAUAUUUGUAAAAAUAGUAAGAUUUCAUUGAUACAACUGCAUAUGUUUCUGUUUACUAUCACCGAAAAAAGAACCUGACGAACCUAACUUUUGUGUUGUACUCUCAAAAAAAAAAAAAACCAACAUAACUAUUUAAGGUAGGAGAAAGUGAUUUGUUGUUGUUGAAAGUAUGUUUUUCUAUAAUGCUUACAAGCCUCUUUAUAAAAAAAUAAUGAGAAACACAAAUUUCAUUUUUCAACACAAAAAUAAAACUUUCAUGGUACACUAACGGAGUCUUUAAUUUUUGUCAAUUAAUAUGUGAAUUUAUUUCAAAUUUUUACCAAAAAAUUAAAGAGUAAAACUAUUAUGGUUUGACAAAUUCAAACUAAAUAAUAUACAUUAAAAUAGAUUUGUUUUUUAUAUUUUAUCAAUAUAAAAGAUAAAUAUAUAUUUGGUUUAUAAGAUUAAAUUAAUGAACAUGAAGUCCAACUAACAAAUCAAAAUCUAAAUCCAAAUAUCCAAUGUGUGUAUUUACUACUUUGUACAAGUUUUUCAAAUCACACAUAUUAGACUUCUAUUUCUCAUUCAAAUUAAACUUUAUUUUUGACAUAUAUGAUUCAAAUUACAAAAUCUCAUGCGUUAUUUUUUAAAAAUUAGCCAAGAAAAUAUAAUCUUUGAUGUUUAUUUUUGAAAAAAAAUAUUUAAUCAUUCAGGCCUCUGAGAUGAACAUAUAAAAUACAUUAUUUAUAAUGUUCAAAAAAUAGUUCCAAUAAAUAAUUCUUAUUUGAUAUUUAAUAGAAAGGACCGACAUAUCAAAAUAUCAACAAUCAAAAA